CGUGGCGGUUACGAGGCCUGAGCGAGAAUGGAUUUGUUGACAUUCAACCAAUUUGCAGUGCUCCUCUGGAAAAAUUUUACCUUAAAGAGGAGGCAGUUCUUUACUUUAACAUUGGAAGUCUUAACAGCACUGGUGUUUCCGGUGAUGAUUUUGCUAUUCCGUACACAUAUUGCUAUAAAGGUUGUUGGACCUUACAAUUAUACUUCUCAGCCCAUCAAUACUUUGCCUUCUUUCAUCAAAAAUCCUGAAGAGUGGGAAUUGAUUUAUGUGCCUUCUGACAUUGAUGUGGUACAGGAGAUCACUGAGAAUGUGAAGAGGUAUCUGAACAUCAAUGUAAAAGUUCGAGGGUUUGCUUCAGAAAUGGAGCUUGAGACGUACAUUAAGUAUGACUAUGGAUCGAGUAAAGUACUGGCUGCCAUCAUUUUUGACUGUAACUUCAAAAGCAGCAGUGACCCUCUGCCACUUCAGGUAAAAUAUCAUCUGCGUUUUGUUAAGAUACAGAGAUCUUUGAUGUGGCCAGACAGGCUGGGCUGGAAGACAUCCUUACUCUUUCCUAUUUAUCCCUCUGUAGGACCCAGGAACGCAGAUUUUAAUGAUGGAGGAAGUCCUGGGUACAUCAGAGAAGGGUUCCUGGCUGUACAGCAUGCCUUAGAUAAGGCCAUCAUGCUGUAUCAUGAGAGCAGUGCUAGCCAGAAACUGUUCGAUAGUAUCAGUAUCUUUACACAGAGAUUUCCAUACCCAGCUUAUUCUCAUGAUGGAUUAAUUUGGAUCAUUAGUUCCUUCCUCCCUUUGAUGUUCAUACUCAUGUUCUCUCCAACUGUACUUUCCAUCAUGCGAUCCGUUGUCUGGGAAAGGGAAAAAAGAUUGAAGGAGUACCAGCUUAUAAUUGGACUUAAAAACUGGAUCAUCUGGGCUGCCUAUUUCUUCACAUUCUUCUUUUUUUAUAUGAUUAUUAUCUCUAUGAUAUGUGUUUUAUUCUCUAUUUUUAGUGAGCCAAUCUUUCGCUUCAGUGACGGUAGUUUCAUCUUCGUCUUUCUUAUGUGUUAUGCCAUUGCUUCAAUAUUCUUUGCCUUUAUGGUUAGCACAUUCUUCAAUAAAGAAAUUGGUAUUAGAUGGGAUAACAUUUGGACACCAGUCAACCUUGAGGAUAAUCUCAUGUUUGGCUAUAUUUUGUUAAUGCUUUUACUUGAUGCUUUCUUAUAUGGCCUUGUGACCUGGUAUAUAGAAACUGUCUUUCCAGGGCAGUAUGGCAUGCCCCAACCAUGGUACUUUUUUCUUAUGCGCUCAUACUGGUUUGGUGAACCAAAAAUUAGGAAAAAAGAAGAAAUGAAAAGCUGUGGGGAAACUCUAAACAAGUAUUUUGAGGCUGAACCUACUAGUUUGGUGGCAGAUAUCCAGAUCAAACAUUUGCACAAGGUAUUUGUUUCAAAGCUCAGCUUCUUUUAUGUCUUCUGCUUACUCGUAGGUUGUUACCCUCCUACCAGAGGAGAGGUUUAUAUUCAUGGAUUUGACAUCUCAAAGAACAUAAUUGAGAUUCGAAAAAACUUGGGCUUCUGCCCACAACAUGACAUGUUGUUUAAUGACUUGACACUUUCAGAACACCUUUUUUUCUACUCUGUGGUAAAAAGAAUAUAUCAAAACAUGUAUUCUACGGAAAUUGACCAUAUGCUGUCUACUUUUAACCUGCUAGAAAAGCGUGAUACAUUUUCAAAGUCACUGAGUGGAGGAAUGAAGCGCAAACUCGCCAUCAUUAUAGCACUCAUAGGGGACUCCCAGGUAGUGAUACUUGAUGAACCAUCAUCUGGCAUGGACCCAGUCUCAAGGAGAGCCACCUGGGAUCUCCUUCAACAGUAUAAACAGGAUCGUACCAUCUUACUGACCACCCACUACAUGGAUGAAGCUGAUUUCCUGGGUGACCGCAUUGCCAUCAUGGUCAAGGGGACACUGCAAUGCUGUGGCUCUUCUGUCUUCCUGAAACAAAUAUAUGGUGCUGGAUAUCACAUAGUCAUGGAGAAAGAAUCACAUUGUGAUGUUGAAAAGAUCUCAGCAAUAAUUCACUCUCAUAUUCCAGAUGCCACUGUGGAAAACUUUACUGGAGCUGAAUUAUUGUUUAUCCUACCCAAAGAAUAUACACAGAGGUUUGAAGCUCUGAUUAAUGACCUGGAAAAUAAACAAAAAGAGCUGGGCAUUGCCAGCUUUGGUGUUUCAAUCACCACCAUGGAAGAAGUCUUCAUUAAGGUCAAUAACCUGGCAGAUUCCCAAAUGGAUAUUCAGGAUACCCACUCUCCUUCCUUGAAGGGCCAAAAAAUGAGACAAGACAUGAAGUGGAAUAUGAAUAUGCCCAGAUAUCAUGAGAGAGCUGUUUUUUCUAGAUUGAAUGAAAUUGCUACUAUUAAAUUUAAUACUGGGUUUUCACUUUACUGCCAGCAAUUUCAUUCCAUGUUUAUAAAGAGAGCACUAUUCACUUGGCGCAAUUGGAAGUUGAUGUUGCUACAGAUAUCAGUAAUUUUGGUUUUCACUUCGUAUCUUUUAAGAACUGCACACUCACAUCUUGACCUACCCAUGAGAGAAUUGGACUUGAGUCAAUAUGGUCAAACAAUUGUACCUUACUCAAUUUCAGGGAAUUCUGAUUUGACUCUGAAUUUCAUAAAUAAUCUUAAGAUUUUUCUAAAACGUAAGAAUCAAGAACUUUGGGAAGUGCAAGGUAAGGUAACAAAACAUAUAAUGGAAAACAAAGAGUUUCGUGACUUCUCCAUUACUGCACUUUCCAUUGAGGUUGAGAAUAACAAAACAGUAUUUACUGUUUUGUUCAAUAAUGAGGCAUACCAUUCAGCGGCAACAUCACUGGCAGUGUUAGACAACGUUCUUUUUAUGUCACUUUCUGGCCCCAAUGCUUCCAUCAAAGUCUCCAACAAGCCUCAACCUCUCCCUCUUUAUGAUCAUAACGUAAUGCCUACAAAUGGAUUACAAAUAGUAAUAAGUUUGGCUUUUGGCAUGGCUGUUGUGGUCGGUAGCUUUUGCCUUCAGACAGUGACUGAGAGAACCACUAGGGCAAAGCACAUCCAGUUUGUGAGUGGGGUCUCUGUACUUACUUACUGGCUCUCUGCUUUUCUGUGGGAUCUCAUCUACUUCUCCAUUCUCUGCUGCUUACUACUGGGAGUGUUCCAAUACUGCAGAUUGGAUGCAUUUGUUGCAGAUUACAACUUUCUGGACACAAUGAUGAUCUUUAUGCUGUAUGGUUGGUCUGCUGUACCUCUCAUGUAUCUUGGAAGCUUCCUGUUUUCUAGUAUUACUGCUGCCUACAUCAAGCUCACCCUCUUUAACUACUUUUCAACUAUUUUCAGUAUCAGCAUUUACGUCAUAAGACAACACUAUGGCCUUGAUUUUCCUCACUACACCAGAACCUUCAUAGAUAGUAUCUUAGUGAUGCUUCCUAGUUACAACUUUGCAAUGUGUAUCAGCAAAUUCUCUGAUAACUAUGAGGUGAAAAAGCUGUGUGCCAGACAAUUUCCAAGUAUAUCUGUGAACUGCAAUAAAACAUCUGUUGAGAACAGUGUCUAUAAUUUUGGAACACAUGGGAUUGCAAAAUUUUUGAUUGCAUUGGCUGUCUUGGGCUUAUUUUAUCUCCUUUUGCUUUUGUGUCUGGAGACUACAUCCUGGAGCCUGCAAAACUUUCUCUCUCAUAAAAUUUUAUCUAAUGUCCACAACCUACUCAUAAAAGGCAGGAAGUCUACAGUGUCCUGUCAAACAAUCAAGGACUAUGAGGAUGAAGAUAUAAAAAAUGAAGAAAAUAGAGCCCUGACACUGCCUCCCAAGUUAAGGAAUACCCCACUCAUUCUGAAACAACUUACAAAGGUUUAUUAUAAGUGUCCAGUUGUAAAGGCUGUAAGAAAUAUCUCCCUUGUAGUCCAGAAAUCUGAGUGCUUUGGAUUACUUGGAUUAAAUGGAGCUGGGAAAACCACUACAUUCAAAAUAUUGACUGGAGAGGAGACCACAACAUCUGGAGCUGUGUUGAUUGAUGGCUUUAACAUUACCAAAAAUAUCAGAAAGAUUAGGUCAAGAAUUGGCUACUGUCCUCAAGAUGACCCCAUGCUCAACCACAUGACAGGUCAGGAAAUGCUGAUGAUGUAUGCCAGGCUUCAAGGGGUCCCUGAGCCAGACAUUUACAAGUAUGUGGAAACCUUUUUGUAUGCAAUGCACCUGGAAACAAAUGCUGAUGAGUUUGUCCACAUAUACAGUGAAGGAAACAGACGUAGACUGAAUACUGCUAUUGCCCUAAUGGGAAAGUCCUCACUUGUGUUCCUGGAUGAGCCAUCUACUGGCUUAGACCCAGUAGCCAGGCGUCUGCUGUGGGACACAAUUACAUGGAUGUGUAGAAGAGGCAAAGCUAUCGUUAUAACUUCCCACAGCAUGGAAGAAUGUGAGGCCCUCUGUACCAGACUGGCCAUUAUGGUAAAGGGGAGGUUCAAGUGCCUGGGCAGUCCUCAGCACCUCAAGAACAAGUUUGGUAAUGCAUACACUCUGACAGCAAAGAUUAAGUUUGGAAACAAUGAAGAUAAACUAGAAGAGUUCAAAGAAUUCAUGGCAGCAACUUUCCCAGGUAACAUCAUACACCAGGAGCAUCGAGGGAUUAUUAGCUACUACAUUCCCAAAAAGGAAAUCUGCUGGGGAAAGGUGUUUAGUAUUUUGGAGGAAGCUAAAGUGCUAUUCAAUCUAGAAGACUAUUCUGUCAGUCAGAUAACACUGGAGCAAGUCUUCCUGACCAUUGCUAAUAUUGAUAAAACAGAAAGUAUUCAAGAAAUAAAAGUGCUAUGA